UCGAGGCGGGCUCCACUGUCACGUGAGGGUGUUGGUUUCUUUUACAGCCUAAAGUGAAUUCUUCCCGUCGGGUGGAGAAUGCAACUUCUUUGAAAGGCACGAUUAUAAAAGACCGUGAAAGCUACUUUAAAUAUUUAAAAACAUUUAUAAGAUUGUAGUCGUUUUUUGGUAUAAAAACAGGAUUGACAUAGUUCGUUAGUGAGAGGAAGGUACUUUCCACUGCAGAGAUCGAGGAGGGGCAGCAACUAAAUAAACAAGUGAAGGACUUCUUUACAGCAAAAUCUGUCGAUAUUAUUGUCAACUGCAAUGUUUGGAUUGAGCUGGAACUGUAAAGCUCAAGAGUGCGUUGAAAACAAUAUCUGAGGCAUUCCUUCAUCUGUGGGUAGUGCGAAGACUACUAUUGCUUUUGUACAUUAAUUAUGAAUCGUCUGAUUGUUGCUUUGUACUGCAUAACGCUAAGUUAUGCCUCGACACAUCCACAACAUGGACCUCAGUUUUUUUCAAUUACAGUGGAUACAUCGAAAGCUCAAAGACCGUUGAGACAUUUCUGGAGGAGUACUGGAUUUUGUCCUCCUUUGCCACACAACAAAGCAGAUGUGUUUGACCUAAGCAGAGACCAACAUCUGAACCUUGCAUAUAUUACGUCGGUACCUCACAGUGGCAUAGAACAAGUUCGAAUUCACUGGCUUUUAGAACUAAUCACAAUUCAGGAAAUGAAUGGCAAACUUCUGUACAACUUCACGAACUUGGAUAAUUUAAUUCACCUUCUGUGGCAAUAUGGGCUUAUGCCAGGAUUUGAGCUCAUGGGAAAUCCAUCAGGAUACUUUACCAAUUUUGAAGAGAAAAAUCAGGUGUUUGAGUGGAGAAAGUUGAUCAUGCUUUUAGCAAGAAGAUACAUAGAUGCCUACAGUCUGGCAUAUGUGUCAAAAUGGAACUUUGAAACCUGGAAUGAACCAGAUCAUCAUGAUUUUGAUAAUUUAACUUUCACAGUUAAAGGAUUCCAAAACUACUAUGACGCCUGUUCAGAAGGUUUAAAAGAUGCUAACACACAACUUCAACUAGGUGGACCUGGAGAUUCAUGUCAUCCUCCUCCACACUCGCCUAUCAGUUGGGGUUUGCUAAAUCACUGUUAUAAUGGAACCAACUUCUUUACAGGAGAAAUUGGAACACGACUAGACUACAUUGCUUUACACAAGAAGGGUGCUGGCAGUUCUUUGCACAUCCUUGAGCAAGAAUUAGUUACAGUUCAACAGAUUCAAAAACGUUUUCCUAAAUUUCGGUCCAUUCCCAUUUACAACGAUGAGGCUGAUCCACUGGUGGGUUGGUCAAUUCCCCAGAUUUGGCGAGCAGACGUAACCUACGCUGCGAUGGUUGUUAAGGUAAUAGCACAGCACCAGAAUCUACUAAUUUCGAAUCCAAAGAACACAAUAAAUUUUACACUGCUGAGCAAUGAUAAUGGCUUCCUGAACUACUACCCAAAUUACUUCACACAAAGAACUCUGACUGCAAGGUUUCAGAUGAACAAUACAAAACCUCCACAUGUGCAAAUGGUUCGCAAACCAGUGCUCACGGUCAUGGGAUUGUUGGCUUUAUUAGGUGAGAAACAAAUUGAUGUAGAAAUGAUGCUCAAUGAUGAUGGUUUGACUGAGAAUAGCACUUUGGGAGUACUUGCAACUAUUCAUGAAACUACGAAUCUGCCUUCCUCUGACAGCUGGCAAUCUACUAUAAUAAUUUACAACAGUGAUGACAACCGGACAUCAUCAGAUAUCACCUUUGUGACUGUGAACCUAACUAAUUUUCCCACUCAAGAAGAACUUGUGUAUGUCAUUUACCAUCUGGACAACAAUAACACAAACCCUUACUUGCAAUGGAAGAAUCUUGGAAGGCCCGAUUUUCCAACAGUGGAACAGUUUCAUCUUAUCAGACAAAUGGAGGAUCCUGUGGUUAAGGGACCAAUGCCAUUUCCUCCAGAAGGCAAUAUCAUUCUGAAGCUGCAACUUCCUAUUCCUUCUGUGUAUCUGUUGCACAUCUGUGCAAAGCCUGAAAGAUCUCCAAACCAGACUCAUGGUGUGAGCUUUAUACCUCUGAUACUGGGACAGGUGGCUGUUACGUGGGAUGAUAGCUACGUGAAUUCAAAAUGUUUAAAAACAUUUGAAGUGGAAUUUUCAGUAGAUGGAAAUGUUUAUAGAAGAAUCAAUGAUAAAGACACUAUAUUUACUAUUUUUAUACAUGCUCCACUCCACAAGAAAAAAGAACUUCCACAGGUGUCCGGUUUCUAUCGUAUUCGUGCAGUGGAUUACUGGGGCAAACCUGGACAGUACUCUGACCCUGUUCAAUAUAUUGAAGGGAAAGAUUAAAAACGUUGUAAAGAAAAGUUUCACUAUCUGUGAUGGAGGAGUAAAUAAAUGCAUAUACUUCCUCUAAAUGGGUAAUUUAGUUCAAUAUGGUCAGGGUAUAUUACAAUCACAAGGUUUGAGGUUAUCAAAUUAGCUUCCAUGGCUAGUGGUUGAGGUGGAAAUAUUGAAAAUUGGACAGAUAGAUAAAGGAAAGUAGUUUCAAUUUUGAAAUAAAGGAACUUAGAAAAUAGGUGCAGGAGUAGAGGUCAGGCUGACCGGUCUACUGGCUUGUCUUUACUGCCCUUCUUAAACAGUGACACCACGUUUGCCAACCUCCAG